AUGGGCAUCAGAGGCGGAGUGACCCGGCAGUCUCAACUCACCCGCUGCCCUUCCUACUCCCUCCUCUGCUAUGCUCUUCUCUCCCCCAUCUCCCCCCCACCAGCGGUGGUGAGCAUGGGGCAGCCGGAUGCGGAUUUAGCUAAGGCGCUGACAGACGUGGGCAUCAGAGGAGUCAACUGGGACUCUCAACCACCCAAGGCGCUGACAGACAUGGGCAUCAGGGGAGUCACCUGGGACGACUUUCUGAAAGAGGGCGAGGCGAAGCCAGUGGAACCAUGCCCAUCCAAGCCAGAAGACAUCUGCACCAUCAUGUACACCUCAGGCAUCCACGUUUCCCACCUGCCUCUCGCGCACAUCUUUGACCGCGUAGCAGAGGAGCUCAUGACCCUUCGCUCCCAACUGUUCCCUGCCCUGCCUAUUCCUCCCUCACCACCCCCUUUUCCCCUUUCCCCUCUCCCACUUCAGCUCACAACGACAGACAUUUACAUCUCCUACCUGCCCCUGGCGCACAUCUUUGACCGCGUAGCAGAGGAGCUCAUGACCCACGUGGGUGGCUCCAUUGGCUUCUGGCAAGGGGUGAGUGAGACGCAGUGGGUGGGUUGGGAUGCAACGGUGGGGGUUAUGAUGCGGUGGCCCAUCCCUGUCCCCUCUCGCCGCACCUUGUUCACUCCGAGCACCCUCCUCGGCCUUCCCUCUGCCCCUCGCACGGGGGGCGUCACCAAGUUGCUCUGUGAUAUCAAAGAUCGAGUCAACAGGGGUCCUCCUCACCAAGUUGCUCUUGACCCCUCCAUCCCCUCCUCUUUGACUAUGCCAACAGCAGCAAGCAAUCGAGGCUGGCUAAUUCAACCACUCCAUCCCCUCUGUGCUCCUCCCCUCCCAGCUGUCAUCUCCAAGAUCGAGUCAACAGGCGGGCUCACCAAGAUGCUGUUCGACUAUGCCUACAGCAGCAAGCAAGCACGGCUGGCUGAUGCUACCCCUCCAUCCCCUCUGCACCCUCUCCUAGCCGUGGUUUCUAAGAUUGAGUAA